CUGCUUUUUAAUGGACUUUAUUUUUCUCCACCACAGGACUGAGGAGUUCUUCAUUUGAUGCCUGAAGGAUCCUUUUGUCUCCUCACUGAACAAGGGGAGAUCGUGGCCUGCAGAUGUGUAUUUUGAAACCUUUAAAAUGAAUCAUGGAGAAAAACAGCUCACUUCUGUCCGCUGAGCACAAUGACAGCAGAACUAUUUGGAUUCCUCUGCUCUCAGCUCCCAGCAGGCAGAUGGGCACCCUCCCUAACUCACAGACACGCUUCAAGGACCUGACAGGGAUAUUUUUCAUGGUGACCCUGAACGUUCUGGCACUUCUGGCCAACACGGCUGUCCUGGUUGUUGUCAUUAAAGCGCCACAUCUCAGGAAGUUUGCCUUUGUGUGCCACCUGUGUGCCAUUGACCUGCUGUGUGCCAUCCUGCUCAUGCCUCUUGGGAUUUUGUCCAGCUCCCCGUAUUUUGCCGGUGUAACAUUCACUGUCCUGGAGUGCCAGAUCUAUGUCUUUCUCAAUGUGUUCCUCAUCGCUGCCUCCAUCUUCACCAUCACAGCCAUUAGCGUGGAGCGUUACUACUACAUCGUCCACCCCAUGCGCUACGAGGUCAAGAUGACGCUGAAGCUGACCGUGGCUGUGAUAGUGAUGGUGUGGGUGGCCUCUGCAGUGCUGGGGUUGUCCACAGUGUUUGGCUGGCCAUCAUACAGGAGCACCAGCUCCAUCAGUGCUACACACUGCUCGCUGCAUUGGAGCCACAGCGACCACAGACGAGUCUUCUCUGUGUUCUUCAGUGUCACCUGUUUCUGCCUGCCUGCUGUGGUGAUUUUUGCUGUUUACUGUAAUGUGUACAAGGUGGCCCGUGUGGCCGCCCGCCAGCACGGACCUCUGCCCCUUUGGACAAACAGUCAGCUGAAGCAUCGCUCUGACUCUAUAAACAGCCAGACUACUAUCAUCACAACCCGUAAUGCACCACGUAGGAUUAUGCGUGAGCGGCCUUUUGGAGGCGGCAAAGCUGCUCUCACUUUAGUGGUUAUUGUUGGACAGUUUCUGAUCUGCUGGCUGCCUUACUUUGCUUUCCACCUCCACCUGACGCUAGACCCCAAACCCAAGAUUCACGAGGAUCUCGAGGAGGCAGUCACCUGGCUGGCGUUUUCUUCCUUUGCAAUCAACCCAUUUUUUUACGGGCUUCUCAAUCGACAGAUCAGAGAGGAGCUGUGCAAGCUGAGGCGCUGCUACUCAGCCCGUACAGUGGAGCUUCCGGUCUCCAGCCAUGAUGGCUCGGGCCACGAGAACUUCCUGCAGUUCAUCCACAGGACCAGCUGCACCAUAGAGACACGAGCCAGCUUUGCAACAUCCAGUCCAAGAAGCACUCUGGAUCAAAGCGGGCAGACUGGUUUCAGGAUACCAGGACAGAUCCCAGAGGAGUUCAGUUAGAUAUACCUCACUGUUGUGCCACAGCUUUAGCUAAAAACCAUUACAAGUUAAAAAGUGAUCCACAGGUGUCUGCAAAAAUCAACUCUAUCUGAAUACAGUGAAAUACUCAAAGACCGCAUCAUUAAAUAAACAAUCAGAUUUGUGUCUAUGAAUCUUAAAUGUAUUUUCCAAAAGUGAAGAUUACACACUGGACAUAUAGUUUAUUGAACUAUUUUGAAAUUAUAACUCUAAAAAAAUUUAUCUGGAUAGUUUGUUUUUAAUAGUUACAAAAGACAAGUGACUUUUUUUUGCAGUAAUGAUUCCUUUUUUUUUUUUUUUUUUACACAUGCACAUAAUACUUGAAUAGUAAAGACGGUAUGAGUAUACAGCUCUACCAGUAGAAAAGUUUCAGAAAUAACAGAUUUUAAGUGAAAAGUAAUCGGUCUCCCCUCCUUGUAAGUUCCACCUUGUUUUUUUUAUGAAGAAUCAAAAAUGUUUUUUUGUUUGAAUGAUUUGUUUUUGUCAUGUAGUAUUUAUUUUACAGCAUUUAUUAAUUUUUUUGUACUCAGAGACACAUCACUUUUUGUUCAUAGGUGUUUCUUAUUGCUUUAAAUGUGCAAAUAAACAAUAGCUACUAUGAACUGUUAUCAGAAUAAAGAA